AUGCCGUCCAAGCAACCCUCUUCUGCGAACACUCCUCCUCCCCCUGCUCUCGGCACUGUCAUCGACAACAAUACCUUAGAGCUCGUAGAAGUGCUGGGCGUUGGUGGUUAUGGUGUCGUCUAUCGUGCCGUUGACACCCAUGAUCCCCUACUCACCUCCUAUGCGGUCAAGUGCCUCAUAAGCUCCCACAUCCACCACAGCACGCGGCAGCGGCAGCUUCACAUACGUGAGAUAGCUCUGCAUCGCCUCGCUUCAGCGCAUCCAAAUGUGGUCACACUGCAUAGGGUGGUCGAGGAGGGCAACUACACUUACAUUAUUAUGGACUAUGCUAGCGACGGCGACCUUUUCUCCCAGAUAUUACACAACUGCCGCUAUCUGGGUCAUGACCACCUUAUCAAACACAUAUUUCUACAGCUCCUUGACGCUGUCGAGUACUGCCAUUCGCUUGGCAUAUACCACCGCGACCUCAAGCCAGAGAAUGUCCUGUGCUUCGAUGGUGGCAUGCGAGUUGCUAUCACCGAUUUCGGUCUCGCUACGACUGAUAGGUUUAGCGAGGAGUUUCGGACGGGUAGCGUGUAUCAUAUGAGUCCAGAAUGUCAGGGAGGGGAAUUCGCUCCGACAGGCUCGUAUUCACCCCUAUUCAACGACAUUUGGUCAUUAGCAAUAAUUCUCCUUAACCUUGCGACCGGUCGGAAUCCGUGGAAGUCGGCGUCAUCAUCAGACCCCACGUUCCAAGCAUAUUUACAGGAUCCGGCUAACUUUUUGCCGACCGUCCUCCCAAUUUCACCUGAGGUGAACGAGAUUCUUUGUCGUAUGCUGGAAGUGGAUUGGAGGCAUCGCCUCACACUUGCAGAGGUUCGCGUAGCGAUUCAGGACGUGGAACACUUC